AUGCGAUUCUGGAACACACUUCUGCUUUGUUUUCUGUCCGUCCAAUACUGUACCAGCAUACACUGGCUGGCUCUCGGGCUUGCGGGCAACCGCCUUGACCGAUCCAGAAUCGCCUACUCAUGCAAGAAUAUGAAAGGAUUGACGAAAAAACAAAUAAGGUUCUGUCGAAAAAAUCCAGACAUGAUGGAUUCGGUUCGAUACGGCGCCCAAAAUGCUUACGCCGAAUGCCAGUACCAGUUCAACAAGAGAAGGGACUGUGCCCGAGGGCUGAACGAGCGAUGCGGAUGCGAUCAAUCGAUGCUGAACAUCGAUCCACAGGUCCGCACCUACGACUAUCAGGGAUGCUCAGACAAUGUGCAGUACGGUAUCGCUAUUUCGCGAGAAUUUGUCGACGCUGCCGAACGAGGAAAAAAUGCCACACAGAGGGCUAUUUUGAAUCGCCAACAAUAUGAGCAGCGAACAGGGUGA